CGUCCUCUGAAGGAGUGGAUGUUAAAUAGUACGGUCCAUCGAUAAAGCAGAGAGAAUCUAUUUUCAAAUAGUACGACUCGUUUCAUGACAUCUCGCAUUGAGAUGUAUCGCACAAAUCAAAAUGGCCAGCCUCAGAGAGGAAAUGUCGACGGAUUCCAUCAAAACCGUCUCACUGGCGGACAAUCUACCUCUGUGAAUGUGCCAGCAACAAUUUCUGAGCAAUUUAAAGAAUCAUGGCUCACAGUCAUAAUUGGAUCUAUAAUGUUUGCUACUGGAAUGUGUCUUCUAUUUUGGAACGAGGGAAGAGCUGUGAGGGUUGCAUAUUCUUUAGAUGAGGCUUUGCACAAUAUAGUUGUAGUUCCUAAUCCAGCAGUCUUGUUGUCUGAAUACCAAGGUCGUUUAGUGUACUUGUCAGGGCACUUAUUGGUUUCGGAGCCACUAACAGAACCAGAUUAUGGAAUUGUAAUGUCUAGUGUGAAGUUAAAAAGAAGAGUUCAGAUGUAUCAAUGGGUUGAGAUUGAAGAAGAAGCAAGCUUUGGUGGCACAACAGAGGAUGAAAAACACUAUUAUUAUACGAUGGAAUGGAAGGAUAAACUGGUAGACUCGGAUAACUUCUACAUUCGCACAGGUCAUCAUAAUCCAAAGGAAAUGCCAAUAAAGAGCCAGCUACAGAUUGCGGAUGAGGUGAAGAUCGGCGCGUUUACAUUUGGAACAGAACUAAAGAAGAAGUUUAAUGACUUCGUAGAAGUUACUAGCGACGAGAGACCGGAGCGAAAAGACAUUAAAAUGCACUCAGGACUGUAUUAUCAUAGCACAGACUUAUGGAAUCCACAAGUAGGAGAUAUCAGGAUACAAUUCUCUUACGCGGGGAAAGGCGGGGAAGUUUAUUCGGUGGUUGGUCUAUUGGAGAAAGACGUCAUCAAGCCGUAUUACACACGCCACGGCGAGGAAAUUUUGUUGCAACGAAAGCACAAGAUUUCGGUGGAUCAGAUGUUUCACUUGGAGCAUGUGCACAAUUAUUGGCGAACCUGGACCAUUAGAGGGCUCGGAUGGCUAGUGCUCUUUGUGGCAGCGACGUGUUUGACAAACAUACUAAAAACAAUAAUACUAAACUCAACUUUUCUUUGCGGCAUAAUAGCGGUUGAGUCUCUCACUAUAUCAGUUUCCAUGUCUAUCAGUUUGCUAGUGAUUGGUUUUGCUUGGGUAUGGUAUCGGCCAGUGAUUGGUCUUUGUUUAGCACUCGCGUCCAUUUUGCCUUUCAUCUACUCGACUCUAACGUCAGGAUCUACGUCUCAACAGCGUGACAAUUAUAGGAGAUUAUAAAUUAGAUAUACAAUAUUUUUUCUCCUAGCUCUCUAAUUUAACUUUUUGUGAUAUUUAUAAUGUAAUAUUAUAUUUAUUUUUUAGAUUUUUCUCAUUUUUUUUCCUUCGUUUUGGAUCUUUCUUAUUAUCCUAUUUUCGUUUGCUCUAGGUUUUUUCCAUCUUGUGUAGGCGUUUGUAAAUGUUUUGCUAUGUCACUCAACUGCUUUGCAAGCUCUUUUUAUGUUUGUGUUGAAUUUUCAGCGAGUAGUUUUAAAUCAUUGUUGUCGCACUUUCGAAAACUAUCAGAUUGAUAUCAUCGCUUUUAAAUUGUUUAAAUAAAAAUAUGCACACAUCGUA